UGCAUUUCCUUUGUUUUUAACUGUUAUCACUUUUAACUCUUGAGAAAGAUAAAGAAAAGAGAAUAAGCAGGACUCCAUGUUUUCUUUAGAGAAGGAUUUGGUCAGCAAGUUUAGUGAUGAUAAACAGUUUGGCAAGUCUCUUCUGGAGCUAAGAGAUUUGCGUUCUCAACUUCACAACGCGGCUGACUAUUGUGAAACAACAUUCUUGAAUGCCCAAGAAAAGAAAGAUGCAGUGGAAAGUACAAAGGAGUACGUAUGCAGAGCCAUGGUUACGGUCGUUGAUCAUUUGGGAUGCGUCUCUGAUAAUCUGAAUGCUCUCAUUUCCCACACCAACUCAUUUUCCGAUGCUGAACUCCGAAUCAACUCUCUCAAACAAAGAUUUCUCUUGUCUGAACAAUAUGCUCACAAGCUGGCAUUAAACAGGCUUCGAUGGAAGGAAAUCAUCCCAAGACAUCACCCUCGUUAUUUAUCCACACAAAUCAGAGAUGCUGAGAAAUCAGAUGAAGAUCUUAGGGAUUCUAAAAAUGAAGUGAUCUCUACAAAAACCAAUGACAAAGAUGUGUUUGAAAAAGAGGCUGACAUGCCACUUUUCGUGUACACAUUUUCUCACAAAGCAGCUCUAUCCAAGGACCAAACCAAUUCACCUUUAAUGUUACCGGUUCGUGAUGGCCUCUCAAUUCUCUCCAAAGCUCCAAAUCCCUUAUUUCAUUUCCAGGAGAAAAGGAAGAUUAUCCGCAGUAGAAGAUCUCAUGGAAAUGAUAUCUUGUCACUCAUUAGACGUACCAAAAGAACAACAUGAGAAUUUCCAACAGAAUCCUUCUGCUUCCUUUUGGAAUUACUUCCUUGACUAUGGUUAUGCUACUUAUGGUUUUGUAAAUAAUAUUUAGCGAAAAUUUCCUUUUAGUAUUUGUGUUAUAUUAAAAUAU